CGGCGGCGGCGGCGGCAUAGGAGAGAGCUCGAGCAGGGAGGGAGGCUAGACAGCAAGGGGGCAGCCCGAGGCCCGGCUGGGUAGCUGGACCCGGUGCUCGCUGCGCUGCGCUGCGCUGCUCUGGUCUCCGACGGCCUCUCCCAUGCGCUGAGGGUGCCCGGCUGGGCCGGGCCGGCGGCCGAAGGGGGGACUCCUCUCCAUGGUCCAGAAGAGCAGCAUGUCCCGGGGUCCUUACCCACCCUCCCAGGAGAUCCCCAUGGAGGUCUUCGAUCCCAGCCCACAGGGCAAAUACAGCAAGAGGAAAGGGCGAUUCAAGCGGUCAGAUGGGAGCACUUCCUCGGAUACAACAUCCAACAGCUUUGUCCGCCAGGGCUCAGCGGAGUCCUACACCAGCCGCCCAUCAGACUCUGAUGUGUCUCUGGAAGAGGACCGGGAGGCCUUGAGGAAGGAGGCAGAGCGCCAGGCCUUAGCUCAGCUUGAGAAAGCUAAGACUAAACCAGUGGCUUUUGCUGUGCGGACAAACGUUGGCUACAAUCCGUCUCCAGGAGAUGAGGUGCCUGUGCAGGGAGUGGCCAUUACCUUUGAGCCCAAAGAUUUCCUGCACAUCAAGGAGAAAUACAAUAAUGACUGGUGGAUCGGGAGGCUGGUGAAGGAGGGCUGCGAGGUUGGUUUCAUCCCCAGCCCUGUCAAACUGGACAGCCUGCGCCUGCUGCAGGAACAGAUGCUGCGCCAGAACCGCCUCAGCUCCAGCAAAUCAGGUGACAAUUCCAGUUCCAGUCUGGGAGACGUGGUGACUGGCACCCGCCGCCCCACACCCCCUGCCAGUGGUAAUGAAAUGACUAACUUAGCCUUUGAACUAGACCCCUUAGAACUAGAGGAUGAGGAGGCAGAGUUUGGGGAGCAGAGUGGCUCUGCCAAGACUAGCGUUAGCAGUGUAACCACCCCGCCACCCCACGGCAAGCGCAUCCCCUUCUUUAAGAAGACAGAGCAUGUGCCCCCCUAUGACGUGGUGCCUUCCAUGAGGCCCAUCAUCCUGGUGGGACCGUCGCUCAAGGGCUAUGAGGUUACAGACAUGAUGCAGAAAGCUUUAUUUGACUUCUUGAAGCAUCGGUUUGAUGGCAGGAUCUCUAUCACUCGAGUGACUGCUGACAUUUCCCUGGCCAAGCGCUCAGUCCUCAACAACCCCAGCAAGCACAUCAUCAUUGAGCGCUCCAAUACACGUUCCAGCCUGGCUGAGGUGCAGAGUGAGAUUGAGCGAAUCUUCGAGCUAGCCCGGACCCUUCAGUUGGUUGCUCUGGACGCUGACACCAUCAACCACCCGGCCCAGCUCUCCAAGACCUCACUGGCCCCCAUCAUUGUUUACAUCAAGAUCACCUCUCCCAAGGUACUUCAGAGGCUCAUCAAAUCCCGAGGGAAGUCUCAGUCCAAACACCUCAAUGUCCAAAUAGCAGCGUCGGAGAAACUGGCACAGUGUCCCCCCGAAAUGUUUGACAUCAUCCUGGACGAGAACCAAUUGGAGGAUGCCUGUGAACACCUGGCCGAGUACUUGGAAGCCUAUUGGAAGGCCACACACCCGCCCAGCAGCACGCCACCCAAUCCGCUGCUGAACCGCACCAUGGCUACCGCAGCCCUAGCUGCCAGCCCUGCCCCGGUCUCCAACCUCCAGGGACCCUACCUUGCUUCUGGGGACCAGCCGCUGGAACGGGCCACCGGGGAGCACUCCAAUGUGCACGAGUACCCGGGGGAGCUGGGCCAACCCCCGGGCCUUUACCCCAGCAGUCACCCACCAGGCCGGGCAGGCACCCUGCGGGCACUGUCCCGCCAAGACACGUUUGAUGCCGACACCCCCGGCAGCCGAAACUCUGCUUACACGGAACCUGGAGACUCGUGUGUGGACAUGGAGACUGACCCCUCAGAGGGGCCAGGGCCUGGAGACCCUGCAGGGGGCGGCACCCCACCAGCCCGGCAGGGCUCCUGGGAGGAUGAGGAAGAAGACUACGAAGAGGAGCAGACCGACAACCGAAACCAGGGCCGGAAUAAAGCCCGCUAUUGCGCGGAGGGUGGGGGUCCGGUGUUGGGGCGCAACAAGAAUGAGUUGGAGGGCUGGGGGCAAGGCGUCUACAUCCGCUGAGAGGCAGGGGCCGCACGGUGGGAGGAAGGGCUCUGAGCCGGGGGGAGGGGAAGGGAAGGGAAGCGGGGCGCACCACAUGAGAUGUGUCUUGCCUCCAGGGGGCGCUGUCUCUCUCCUUUCGGAUGCCUUUGCUCAAGGUUUGGGGUUUCUUUGGUGGCUAUCAUCCUAGCUUCCUGGGAGGCCCUUAAGCCCUGGUUGUAGGUUUUUCCCUACCUGCUGUGGAUGGGUAGGGAUACCCACCUUUCUGAAGUGUCCCCUUUCCCCCAUCUUAGGGGGUCCUCCCCUCUCCCAGAGAAAAGGUGCACUUCCUUAACUUUCUACUCGGGGCUCUAAGAGAAGGUCCUAAAUGGGGGACCCUUCUUUUCCCAACCUGGGUGGGGUAUUUGGAAAGGGUUGGGUGCUUUUGCUGGAGGGGAGGCAGAGAAUCUUCCCCAUGGGGGCUCUCUUUCCCACACCCCAGAUCUAGGAUCCCUCACCAUGCCCACCCCUUGCCCCAGCUUCCUGGCAGCAUUCUCUGGUGGGUAAAAGCGACAGCAUGGGAACCUAUGGGGAGCACGUCUUGGGGAAGGAUCUGGGUGGAAACAGGUACAGGCUGUGGACCCUCUGCCCUCCAUGGCCAGGGCCUAGAACACUGAGGAGUGGGCAACCCGAGAUGCUGCUAUCCACCCCUCACCUCCAUGCCUCAGUCCUCACCUACCCCAGGAAUGAGCUUUGCCUACAACGUCCCCUGCCUGCUGCCAUCAGAAGAGGGGGACCCUCUGCAUCUGAGUCCCCCAUCUCCAUUCCACCUGGGUGUGGAGACCAUGAACACUCUGGUCCGCCUCAUUCUAAACCAAAAAAACUGCUCUUUCAUUUUCACCCUGAGGCCCCAGGGGAGAGGCCCUGUGGGUUGGUGUCCAAGAAGUGACCACUACCCCAGGGGCUGCCUGGAGACCCCAGGUCUCCCCUGGGGGGCUUGGCUGCUGCUGCUUCUCUGUAUUUGCCUCUUGUGAUCCUGUCUUUUACCAGUGUCCACUUCCCCCAGGAGAGGCCUUGGUAGCCCCCUCCCCUGGGGUAACCCUCCGUCUCAGCAUCCAUAUAGCCCAGCAGCCCUGCCCCUCCCCAGCAUCCCAGCUGGGCCAGAGAGAGCCGAUUGUGCCAACGAGGACUGGGCCCUGACCGGCUGCCCACCUCAGGGAUGGGCACCUCAUGCCUGUCUCACCACCUCCUGUGCCAAUGUUGUCCCACCCCCCACCUGGGGGCAGGGUGCAGCUUCCAUUUACUAGGUAGAAGACACCACUGCCCAACCUUUCCCCUCCCUGUCUGGUGUCCUGUGCCCCAUCUAUGUGUCUACUUGUCUGUACUCCUCUAGGAGAAAUAUUUUGCCACAUAAAACCGCCAUCCUGUCCUUUGCAGCCACCUCCUGAGCCUGCUUCUUUGUUCCCAUCACCCGGUUGUCAGCCUAGCAGCCUUGAACACA